AUGACCUCAAGCAACCUUAAUCUUCGUGUUUUCUGUGCAAUCUUUUUGACUACCUUCAACUUCAUAUCAGCGGAUGAACAAUGUUCAUUUGAAUAUAAUCCUGGAUUAAUAACCUUAGGUUUUAAUAAUUUGUAUACUUGCACUGUGUUUAAUUCAACGGAACCAACUACAAAACUUCAAAAUAAUCGACACUGGCCACGCAGAACGAACAACGAUGUGAAAUAUGUUCAGAUUCAAUUUGAUGGAUUUUACCAAGAAUUCGAUCAAUUUUACUGCUUUUCAUUCAAAAACUUGGAACAAUUUGGAAUUUCUGGCAUAAAAAUCCAAAAAUUUGGUUCAAAUUUCUUCAAAGAUUGCAAUAAUUUGAAGCACAUUUCAAUCUCAUCCAACGGAGUCAAGGAACUUCCAGCAGAUCUCUUACUUGGGACUACAAUUCUUGAUCAAUUGGAUAUAACAAACAAUGACUUUGAAACACUGCCUGAAGCGAUCUUUUCAAAUUUAAAUCAACUUACACAUUUGCAUCUUGACUUUAAUAAAAUUAAAGAUUUACCGCCAAAAAUCUUCUCGUCACUCACAAAUCUGAAACUAUUAAGCAUCAGAGGCAAUCAAAUCACAAAGUUGAAUCCAAAAUGGUUUGAGAAUCUUCAAAAUUUGGAGUUUUUGCAAAUGAACAACAAUAAAGUUAAGGAACUUCCUGACAACACCUUCAUGUACUUAACUGGAUUGACUCACUUGGAAUUUACUAACAAUGGACUUCAAACACUCAAUCCAAAUUCAUUUGAAAAUCUCAAAAGCCUUAAAACUUUGUACUUGUCUGAAAAUGACAUCACUGGAUUCCCCAAAAAUGUCUUCAAACCUCUCGAAAAUUUAACAUUUUUAUGGAUCAACGACAACAAAAUAAAAACAAUCCACUCAGACUCAUUUGGAAUGCACAAUAGUUUGGUCAUGUCUGGGAUGUCCAACAACAAGAUUGAAGCCAUUGAUGAGAAAUUCAUUGAUAAUGUGGCAAUAACAAAUUUGUUCUUGUUUGGUAAUGAAUGCAUUGAUGAUUGGAUCAGGAGUAACGACAGGAGUGUUUUUAAAAUGGAAUUGAAGCAGUGCUUUGAGAAUUAUCAGCCGAGAGAAGAGGAUGAAAAUUAAUAACAUUUCUUACAACUCUACAAAACGUUGAUGGAGUUAAAAGAGAAUAAAAAUGCUGACUUUAUGAUGACAGUGACUGUAAUAAAAGCCAAACUAAUAAAUCCUUUUUAAAUGUUUUGUAAGCCUGAAUCUGAGUGAAUUGUUCUUAUUUUGUUGUCACCGUGCCAUAAAAAUGAUAAAAC